CCAUCCUCUUUGAAGUGUCCUGUUCUUUCUUGACACUCAACCCCAUCUCCUCUCUUCGUCUCUUUCUUAGUUUUCGUCCUUCACAGCCGUCAACAUGGCCAAAGGUGACGUUAACCAGGCCGAGAAGACCGUCUUCGGCAUGCCCGGAUUCGUCGUCGACUUCCUGAUGGGUGGUGUUUCCGCUGCCGUCUCCAAGACUGCUGCUGCCCCCAUCGAGCGUAUCAAGCUCCUUGUCCAGAACCAGGAUGAGAUGAUCCGUGCUGGCCGUCUCGACCGCAAGUACAACGGUAUCGUCGACUGCUUCCGUCGUACCGCCCAGGCUGAGGGUGUCAUGUCCCUGUGGCGUGGUAACACUGCCAACGUCAUCCGUUACUUCCCUACCCAGGCUCUCAACUUCGCUUUCCGUGACACCUACAAGUCGAUGUUCGCCUACAAGAAGGAGCGUGAUGGAUACGCCAAGUGGAUGAUGGGUAACCUUGCCUCCGGUGGUGCUGCUGGUGCCACUUCCCUCCUCUUCGUCUACUCUCUCGACUACGCUCGUACCCGUCUUGCCAACGACGCCAAGUCCGCUAAGGGUGGUGGUGAUCGCCAGUUCAAUGGUCUUGUUGAUGUCUACCGUAAGACCCUCGCUUCCGACGGUAUUGCCGGUCUCUACCGUGGUUUCGGUCCCUCCGUUCUUGGUAUUGUUGUCUACCGUGGUCUGUACUUCGGCAUGUACGACUCCAUCAAGCCUGUUGUCCUGGUUGGUUCUCUUGAGGGUAGCUUCCUUGCUUCCUUCCUUCUCGGCUGGACUGUCACCACUGGUGCUGGUAUUGCUUCUUACCCUCUUGACACCAUUCGUCGUCGUAUGAUGAUGACCUCCGGUGAGGCCGUCAAGUACAAGUCCUCCAUGGAUGCUGCUCGCCAGAUCAUCGCCAAGGAGGGUGUCAAGUCUCUCUUCAAGGGUGCUGGUGCUAACAUCCUCCGUGGUGUUGCUGGUGCUGGUGUCCUGUCCAUCUACGACCAGGUUCAGCUCAUCCUCUUCGGCAAGAAGUUCAAGGGUGGCUCUGGCUAAACGAUUGAUUAACUUCGAAUCGUUUCCAUCGAUGCGGUUUCAUAGGGGAAGGGGUUGGUCAGUUCCAGGUGUAACUGCCUGAAACUGGACGCUACUGUGGAUGGUUAUAGAAAAUAUGCUCCAAGAAGGGUAUCGGGUUUCUUGAGCAUAAAGCAGUGUGAUAUUUCCUCGUGUACCCGUUGUACUUUACUGCCUGCAAGCUUUUUCUUUUUUCUCAAUGU